AUGGCUUAUUUUGGAAAUAAUCAAUAGCGUGGAGAAUUAUAAGAGUUGUAUGCUGAUUUGAAUGAUUUAAAUUUUGAGAAAAAGAAAGAAGUAUUACAUUAAUUAAUGUGAUAUUAAGGCUAUUAAGAAAGUUAUUGCUUAUAUGACAGUAGGAAAAGAUGUGUCACAAUUAUUUUAAUCAGUUAUUAAGUGUCUUGAAUUUUAAGAUAUAGAAAUGAAAAAGUUGGUAAUAAUAUUGGAUAAUAUUUAAUAGAUUUACUUAUACAUUGUGAAUUAUUCUCGUUAAAAACCUGAUGAUGCCAUUAUGGUGAUUCAAAAUUUUAGGAAAGAUGUACGUAAAUCAGAAAAUCCAUUGGUAAGAGCAUUGGCUAUAAGAACAUUUGGUUGUUUAAGAGUUCCAAAAUUGAAUGAAUAUUUGAUUGAACCACUGAAAGAUUGUGUUUAAGAUGAUGAUCCUUAUGUGCGCAAAACUGCUGUUUUAUGUGUUCCUAAAGUAAUUUUCUUUCAUUUUUAUUAGGUAUUUGAAGUAUCACCUGAAUUAUGUCCAGCUUUAUUAGAAUAAUUAUAGAAAUUAUUAGAAAAGGAAUCAAAUGCAUUGGUUUUGGCAAAUUUAAUUUAGUCCAUGAGAGAAAUUGAAGUUGUUAAUGGUAAACAAUUAAUUGUACUAAAUCCUAAAAUUAUACAAAAAUUGUUAUUAGCUAUUGAUGAAUGUAUGGAAUGGGGUUAGAUAUUCAUUCUUGAUUAUUUGGCUACUUAUGAUCCUGUUGAUUCUAAAUAAGCUGAAAUAAUAAUUGAAAGAACAUUGCCUAGAUUGAGUCAUAUCAAUCCUACUGUUACAUUUUGUGCUGUUAAACUAAUACUUAAAUAUUUAGAUUAUCUUAAUAAUGGAGAUUUAGUCAAGAAUCUUUGUAAAAAGAUAUCUCCUUCACUUAUAUCUUUGCUUUCUUGGAAUCAACCUGAAAUUUAAUAUACCAUUCUUAGAAAUAUCUCAUUGAUAUUACAAAAAUUUCCUAUUCUUUUUGAAAAUGAAGUCAAAGUAUUUUUUUGUUCAUUUAAUGAACCAUAUUAUAUAAAAUAUGAAAAAUUAGAUAUUAUGGUAAGAAUUUGUGAUUCUAAAAAUUUUCAUUAAGUUUUAAAUGAAUUAAUGAUAUAUAUUAAUGAAGCAGAUCCUCAUUUUGUAAGAAAAACAAUUAAAUCAAUUGGUAAAAUUGCUGUUAUGUAUGAUAAAGCACUUGCUGAGUAAUAAUAACUUAAUUAGUUAGAGCUGUUUCAAUCUUAGUAGAAUUUGCUAAAAAUGUUUAAUAAACCAAUGAAGCUGUCUAAGAAUUAUUCAUUCAAAUGUAAAUUAUCUACAGAAAAAAUCGAAAUUUAUAUAAAACUAAUGAUAGUCUUAAAAUAUUAUUCAGUAUUAUUGACUAUGCUAAUGAACCAGAAGCAAAAGUAUUUUUCUAUUUUCUUAACAAUAUUAGAGUGCUUGUGCUUGGAUUAUUGGUGAGUUUGCAGAAUUCAUUCCUAAAUCAGUUGAAAAGAUGGGGGAAUAUGUUGAUAAUUUUAUAUUGGAAGAUCGAUUAGUUUAACUUUAAAUAUUAACAUCAGGAGUUAAACUUUAUAUUAAAUAUCCUUCAUUAUGUUCAGCAUUAAUUUAAUAACUUAUAAAUUCUGCAAAAGAUUCUUUUAAUCCUGAUGUUAGAGAUAGAACAUACAUUUAUUGGAGAUUAUUGUCUACUGAUCCAGAAAUUGUGAAGAACUUAAUUUGUUAUGUUGCUGUAGGAUCUUCUCAAUUUUAAAAAGACAUACGUCUAUGGGAAACUAAAGAUUUGAUUACUGCUUUAGAAAAUAUGGGUAGUAUUAGUAAUCUAUUUCAUAAGUUACCAAAUUAAUUAUAUAAAAAUAUUAAAGUCAGGAAUAAGUAAUAAUAAUAUUUUAUAUUUAAGUAAUCAACAAGAAGUAAAAAUAUAUAAGGCAGAUGAGAAAUAAGAGGUACCUUCAAAAGAAUAAGAAAUCAAAAAGGAUGAUUAAAUUCAAUAAUAAUAAUAAUAACCUAAAUAAGAUUUUGAUCUAUUAAAUUUUGAAGAACCUGUAUCUAAUAAUAAUAAUAAUAAUAAUAAUAAUAAUAAUAAUAAUAAUAAUAAUAAUAAUAAUAAUAAUAAUAAUAAUAACAAUAAAAUAGAUGUGUAUGAUUUAAUAUGA